AUGGCCGGCGUCAUCCCCCACGCCGAGCCCCAGGAGCGCGUCGACAACCAGGAGGACCGGCUCAUCGGCGUCGUCGAUGCUCUAAAAUACUAUGAUAGUGGAGACGGCGGCUUCGGAUUUCUCAGGAGACAUAAAUCGACGAAGGCGAACGCGCGCGAGUUCCACGUCCACUUCCGCAGUCGCGAUUGUGAGGACUUCCUUUCGCUGGAACAAGGGUCCGAGGUCGAAUUUACGCUCAUAGACAACCACGGCCGCGCGAACGCCAGAGAUGUGGUCCCUACCGGGACGGUCAUCGAACUCCCGCCGAAGCAAGAAAGGUGGUCGCGCGACGGGGCGCGCUUGAGCGAAGCUAGAUCGUCCAAGCCCAUGGAACUGCGCCGCGCGCCGCCGCCGCCGGCGCAAGCCAAGUCCAAGACGCCGUCGGUCACGCCCGACUCGUCGGACGCCGCUCCUGUUUCUGAGACCACACCUGAAAGUACUGAUGGAAGUUCGGAGAACUCGGAGCGGCGCGCGCAGUUGGACCGACUGGCGACCUUCGGCAUCGGCCCGGCCGCCCCGGCGCCCGCGCCGCCGGCGGCGCCGCCCGCGCCGCCGCCGCCGCCGCCACCUGUGCAAGCUCCGAUGCCCCAGCAGCCGCGCCGACCGCCUGUACGAACGCGGCGUCCUCUUUGCACGCGUGCCCGUCGCCGUCGACGCGGCGCGACGAGAGAGUACGGUCGCCCCGGACGCCGUCGACGCGACGCGAGACGGUAUCCCGCACAGGUCAAGGAGUCCGCCUACGUCCAGCAGGAGCACUUCUUCUCGCCGGUAGCUGCCGGCGAGGCGCGGGCCUGGGCCUGCGGGCAGCGCGUCCACGCGCACAUGCCCGGGUGUGCUUGUCCGGAUAGACCUAGGAACAUGCCUCUCGACAGUGUAGCGUUACGGAAGGAACGGGGCUCCUGGGUGGGCACGUUCGUGCUGCAGUGCGACCCGCACAAGUACGCGAACGAUCCUCUGGGUGCGGAGCGCGAACUGUCUGCUAGACUAGGCGAGGGUGGUGUGAGAGUAGAAUGCUGGGGCCGCGAGGCCCUGAACACGCCCUUGACGGCGGAGACGGACGUUAGAUUAGUCAACGAGCACUUCGAGGACAUCGCGGCGCCCUCCCUACUACUGCUGGGUUCGAAGAAAGAGAUGGAGCAGCUGUGCGACGUCGGGCGGGAGCUCGCGCCGGUCGCGAACGCGGCGCCGUGCGCCGUGCCCUGGUCCGUGCUGGCGCGGGCUACGGACGCGUCUGAUGAUGAAUUUGGCAAAGAAUUAGCUCGCUUGGAGUUAAGUGCGUUCUUGGAAGCUCAAGGGUUGGCUGUCGUGCGGAACGACGCUCCGCCGCUCGUCGAGCAGUCCUGCCCGGACUUGGCUGCUUGUGCGCCACUACUGCCUACUCUCAGAGGUGACGCUAAUCAACCGUUAGCUGAUCUGAGGGUGCUGCUGGCUGCGCAUCUCGUCGAAGGUAGGCUCGUUGUCGGCUUACCUAGGGCUUCAAGAGCGCGACUCGGAGAACCGCCAGCACAUGCGGCUGCUAGAGGCGCUCAUGAAGUGCUAGCGUUGCGAUUGGGUGUCCUCGACGACGCGGGCACGGCCUUAAAAACAGUCCAACCCCAUGCGAAGACAGUGGUAGCGGACGCUAGAUCCAGGCCGGACGUCUGCUUCCUGCGGUGCCUCGCUGUUGACGACGGCACGGCGCCGACGCAGCUCACGGUGCAGAACGGCGAAUUCGUGCCCCAAUUGUUCGUGCCGCCUCCUCUUGCCCCACCGACGCACCAGAACGCGUUCUACCAAGGCGGGUAUCAGCGAGGCUCCCAGGGCCGCGGCCGCGGGCGCGGCCGCGGGAGGGGCUUCUACGAGCACCCCAACCGGGGCAAAGGAGACUCUCCAGAACAACCGCGCAAGAAGAAGCUCUUCCCCGUGCGGACGGAGUCGCGCGAGAAGAACGAGAAAUACCAGCGGAACUUCCCCCAGCCGCGCGUGGGCUUCAAGAAGCCGCCGCAGCGGAAGGUCCCGCGGAACUUUUCAGGCAAGGACCCGAAGGCCGUCGUGUGCUGCUACUUCCUCCGAGACAUGUGCAAGAACGGCGACGACUGCAAGUUCAGCCACGACCGGGCCUUGGCCGGCGGCGCGUGCUCCUGGGGCGCCGACUGCCGCUACGGCCACGGGAAAAGUGGUCAAAACGAGUGCCCGCCCUGCGCGGACGACGCGUAG